AUGGCCAAACCGGACGGACUGCAUCGCAUCGCUUUCGACUUUCCCCGCAGCACCCCUGCGCAUGUUGUUAUGCAGCACGGCGCUUCGACCAGUCAAGGCCAACCUGACAAGAAACUCCGAGCGGGGCAGCGGCUUUUGCACAGAGCGCAGUGCAGUGGCAACCUGAAGCGCGCUGCUUCUGAGAGCGGAGGGCAACCAGCUGAUUUGCGCUCGACCUCAACUCAAAGAGUGGCCGGCAAUCGUGCCAGAGCCACAGACUGCUCUGCGCCACGCAUUUUGUGCAGGCUAUCCUCGCACGAAAGCCCAGGCACCUUUUAG